UGUGGUUGGGGAUGCUCCCGGGGAUGGUCUCGGAGGAUGCGGUUGGGGAUGCUCCCGGGGAAGCUCCAAGCCGUGCAAAGCAGUUUCGUUGAGCAGAGCCGCUGCUCCACCUGUGCCUCGACCCGCUUGGGGCUGCGGGACGGUGCGACUGCUGCUCCUGUUGCUGCCAGCUGUGGUCCCCUCUGCCGGGGGCAGGACGCAGGGACCGGGUUCGGUUAAGGGACGAUGAGCGCAUGCUCGGCUCCGACUUCUUCCCCUCCUUGCCUUUGGUGUAUUUAAUCUCGGUGACGAGGAAGGCCACGAAGUGAUGAGCUUGCAGCUCCACCGUCACGCUCCAGAGCCUCUCUGCCCCUUUCAAACGCGCAUGUAGCAUCUCCGCUAAAACCAAGCAAACUGCAUUGAAAUCCGUCCUCGGUAUCAUUUUCCCCAAGCAAAAUCUAACGGCUACUCGGAGCACGGCUGUGGUUUAAUAACAUCUGUUUCCCCUCGAGUCGCUGGAGGAAAGUAUUGAUAUUGCCGUGUUCUCAAGGAACGUUUUUAAUCGCGUUUUGACGGGGCAGUGCUUUCCCCGGCACCGAUGGUUGAAGUGUUCAUGGGGCUUUGGGGUGUUGUGCCUUAUAACGGUGCGAUAAACCCCCGCUGCCGUGGGGCGGAGGGGGGCUCGGAGGCAGCAGGAGCCUCGGGGAGCAGCCGGCGGCCGCGCGGGGAGCUGACUCAGAGGUGAAACCCCGGCGGGGUUGCACGCCGCCGUCCUCCCGCCCUCGCCGCUGCCCGGACUUCCCCCGCGGAGUUUCCACCCCGGCUCCGGCCGCUCCGGCAGCUCGCAGCCGGCAGCGGUGCCGGGGGGUGCGGGACCCCCUGCCCUGCCCUGCCGGCCCCCGCGGCCCCCCUGCUGCUGGGCCUCCGGGAGCAGGGGAAGCCGGUGCAGAAAUGCACCCCUAAAGCUCAGAAACCCCCCCAUGAAAAUUGUUUUUUCCCGUUUUUGAAGCCCCCGGGGGGCUCGCGGCCGGAGGAUGGAAGAAAAACGACGGAAGUACUCGAUCAGCAGUGACAACUCGGACACCACCGACAGUCACACCACGUCCGCGUCGAGAUGCUCCAAGAUCCCCAACACCAAGUCCGGCUGGUCGAGGCAGAAGGAGAAGAAGCCCUCUGAGGUCUUCCGUACCGACCUGAUCACGGCCAUGAAGAUCCCCGACUCGUUCCAGCUGAGCCCGGAUGAGUACUACAUCCUCGCGGAUCCCUGGCGGCAGGAGUGGGAGAAGGGCGUGCAGGUGCCCGCCAGCGCCGAGGCCAUCCCGGAGCCCGUGGUGAGGAUCAUGCCCCAGCUGGAGCACUCGCCUUCGCAGCUUUCGCCGAGCAGCCCGCCUGUCUGUGAGAUUUCGGAAGCGACUAGGACGUACUUGCAGGGCGUGAGCCGCUAUGACCUGGAUGAGCUUGAUGCUUGCUGGUUGGAACUCGUUAAUAUGGAGCUCAAGGAGAUGGAGAAGCCAGAGCUGGACGAGAUGACCCUGGAGAGGGUGCUGGAGGAGCUGGAGACCACGUGCUACGAGAACAUGAACAUCGCCAUCGAGACGGAGGAGGGCCUGGGCAUCGAGUACGACGAGGACGUGGUGUGCGACGUGUGCCGCUCCCCGGAGGGCGAGGACGGCAACGAGAUGGUCUUCUGCGACAAGUGCAACGUCUGCGUGCACCAGGCCUGCUACGGCAUCCUGAAGGUCCCCAUCGGGAGCUGGCUGUGCCGGACCUGCGCCCUGGGCGUCCAGCCGAAGUGUCUGCUGUGCCCCAAGAGAGGGGGGGCCCUCAAGCCCACCCGCAGCGGGACGAAGUGGGUCCACGUUAGCUGUGCCUUAUGGAUACCUGAAGUUAGCAUUGGAUGUCCUGAAAAAAUGGAACCCAUAACGAAGAUCUCCCACAUCCCGGCGAGCAGAUGGGCUCUGUCCUGCAGUCUCUGCAAGGAGUGCACUGGGACGUGUAUCCAGUGCUCCAUGCCCGCCUGCGUCACGGCGUUCCACGUCACCUGCGCCUUCGACCACAACCUCGACAUGCGGACUAUCUUAGCGGACAACGACGAAGUGAAGUUCAAGUCCUUCUGCCUCGAGCACAGCGCCGGUGCCACCAAACUCCCGGAGGAGGCACGGACAGAGCCCGACCAAGCCCAGCUGGACCUGGAGAAGGUCACGCUGCGGAAGCAGAAGCUCCAGCAGCUGGAGGAGGACUUCUAUGAACUCGUGAAGCCUUCAGAGGUGGCCGAGAACCUCGACUUAAGCGAGUCGCUGGUGGAUUUUGUCUACCAGUACUGGAAGCUGAAGAGGAAAGCCAACUCCAACAAGCCGCUGCUGACACCAAAAACAGACGAAGUGGACAACUUGGCCCAGCAAGAGCAGGACGUUCUCUACCGGCGCUUGAAGCUCUUCAUGCACCUCAGGCAAGACCUGGAGAGGGUUAGAAAUCUCUGUUACAUGGUGACGAGGCGGGAGAAGAUGAAGCACACCAUUUGCAAACUGCAGGAGCAGAUCUUCCACCUCCAGAUGAAGCUUAUUGAGAAGGAUCUCUACCCAGAACAGACUGGGAAGAAGACAAAGGGUAAGAAAAGUGACCCGAGGAGGAAAGGAAGAGAUGGUAGAAAGAAUAGUCCCGAGAAGACAGAGAAAAGGAAAUCGGUCAACGAAACGGUGUUGGGACAGCUGGGCUUGGCCACUUCCUUCCCCAUAGACGGGACCUUCUUCAACAGCUGGCUGGCGCAGUCGGUGCAGAUCACGGCCGAGAACGUGACGAUGAGCGAGUGGUCGCUCAACAACGCCCACCACGAGGACAACACGCCGGGCCUCUCCGAGGAGCUCCUGCAGGACGAGGAGACCUUGCUGAGUUUCAUGAUGGAUCACUCCCUGAGGUCUCCCUUCAAGCAGAGCGAGGCCGCAAAGAAGGUGAAAAGCAAAACGAGAACGAACACUAAGAAAAAACUGUCCAAAAACAGCCUGAACACCAUCUUCAAGAGUCACCAGGAGGCUUCAGAGCAGUGGACUAACAACGCGAGUGACUUGUCGGAGGACGCCGCGAAGCCCUUGGCUCACGACUCGAGACCCAGCAAGUCGGAGAAGGGACCGGCCAAGCUCCCCGCGGAGCGCAGAGGCUCCGGCGACGCGCGGAAGGCGGCCAAGAAGGGGGCCGCCCCCAAAGCCAGCGACUCGCCCGCCUCUUCCGCCGCUCGGGGCUCGGUGAGCAACGAGGAGGAGGAGGGCGCCGCUCGCCCCUCGCCGGAGCCCAGCCCCGCGGUUAAAGUGCCUGACUCCGUAGGUAGCCCGAAAACCGCCGUGAGGUUCAAAUUACCAAAGGAGAGCCGGGGGCCUCGCCGGGCCCCGCCGCCCAAGGGGGAGGCCGUCGGCGGGCCCCCCGCCGGCGAGCGGCCCCAGGCCGUCUCGCGCCGCUUUGACGCGGAGACGGACGGCUACUUCUCGGACGCCGAGAUGAGCGACUCGGACGUGGAGGCGCGCGGGGGCCGGGCGCCGCGCGGGCAGCUGGAGCCGGGCGGCGAGGACAUCGUCCGCAUGAGCAUCUUGGCCUCCUAACGCGGCGCGACGGCUCGGUGAGGCCUCAACCCGGUGACAACUGCCAUGUCCAACUUCCGCCUGGUAUCACGGACAAGGGGGGUUUUUAAUGUGUAUAUAUAGUUGGAGAUUCAGCACUGUUGUCUUCUCUAUAUGCCUGAGAUCCAGCUUCAGCUUCACCGACGUAGAUUACUGUGACCGUAGUUGUCCCCUCGUAGUCCCCUUGCAGGUCCCGCGGGAUGGGGGGACCUCGCUCCGGCGGGACCGCGGUCUCACGGGCAUUACUGAAAGCCGGCGGCGUCCCCAGCUGCCGGGAGCGAGCGGGGGCCGGGGACGACGUCUCCGCGCGCACCUAAAGGAGGAGGGAAAACGGGCGAUGCUAAAAUGGAGAACCAAUAAAGCACAAAAAGCCUGUGGGAGGAGAGCGCUCGGGGUGGCAGGGGUGUUAGCUCUGUGGUUUGGGAUUUAUCGCUUUUGUCCUCACCUUCCCGGUGCCGUCAGGAUCCGUCCGGGACGGAGAGCCCAGCUGCGGCGGCGCGGGGAGCAGGAGGCCUUUCCCCACCGCACACGCUCCCUCCCUCCCUCCCCGGCCGCCCCCGAGCCCCUGCAGAUCCUGGAGGUCGCCGGACCCCCGCGAAGGUCCUUCAAGAAACAGAAGUGGUUUACUCAGGUUAAUCGAUUAGCUUUUCCGAGGCCAGAAGGGGAAAGGGGAAAAAGAUGGAGGAGAAGACCCCUAAACACCACCCGGGGAGGGAGGGGGGGGCUCGGUCGCUGCGGCCCCGUGGGCCCCCGUGAAGCCCCUCUCGCGCAGCACCGUCUUCGGCCCCGAGGCUGAACGUACCCUCGCGGAGAGGAAGCGAAAGCAGUCGCCUUUGCCAUGUUUUCCUCCUAAACACCACGGUGGCAAUGACGAAUUUAUUCCUCCCUACCCUUUUUUUUUUUUAUUCCUUAAAUCCUGGUUACAAGCUGUUGACUCGUCGUGGGAGGGUGAUUCACAGAAGCUGACAUUAUAAAUAUUACAAUAAUUUAAUGCAUAAAAUGUCCCCAAUAAGCCUUAAAUGUUGUUUAAAAGCCCAUGUUACCUAUGAGUCAGGCGAAUUUCCAUGUUUGCACUUAAUUGCACCAUUACUUCGGUUUUGGCUUCAAAGGUCACAGUUAAGUCGUGCUACGUGUUUUAUCGGAGUGACCCCAGUGUGAGCUCAGGGAACAAAAAAAAAAAAAGGAAUUCACUGAAACUUUUGUUGUUGUUGUUUUUUAAAAAUAAAAAAUGUUUUAAAAAAAAUAAAAAAAAGAAACCUGGGACACUUCUGCAACCGGUUCAACCCAUCACUUUAAACAGGAAAAAAAAAAAACCACCUUGCAAUUGUCAAACCAAUCAGUCAAACAGUUUUGUGGAUGCCAAAGAAUAUUUUGACAGUAAAGCAGCACAGCCAGAAACCGGAAACUUGUCAUUACGCGAAAGUGGAAGUUAUUUAGCAACCAAGGACUGAAGACACAUCCAUGCCCCGCUGCCGCGGCCCUCGGCUCCGAGCUUGCCCGGAGGGACGCGGCCGCCGGCACUGCGUCCUGCCCUUUUGAUUUCCGACGCUUUUUGCUCAUUCCACUGUGAGCUUUCUUUUGAAACUCUGAGACUCCUAAAAUCGACUGACUUGGUGUUUUAGAGUAGGUCAUCUUUAUCAGCCUUCAAAAGUCCUUAUUAUCGGGAAAAUUUCAGCAAAGCAAAGCAAUUGCAGCCUCGCCGGUCCCGAUAGCCGGCCCGGGUCGCCCAGCGCCGCGGCGAGCUGCGCCUGAACAUGCCCGGGAAUCGUCCUGGCGCGGGAAAACCAUCCACGCGUUAUUAGCGACAACAGCACAAAGUGCAGAAAAUCAGCAAAACGUUGCAAAUUAGCCUAAUCCAUUGAGGUUGGAAGCGCAAAUCUCAUCAAUCGAGGCUGGGUAUGUUCAGAUGAUGUUAAAUACAGUAAAUAGGACUUAGUUUAUCUUACCAGGCUUGCUAGCUUUAGCUACAGUAUCCUAGUAUAAGAGUCAUAACAAUAAUCAAUACGCUGCCUUUUAAUGAAUCUCGCUUCCGUGUGCUUCACUCAGUUAUGGUCAAAAGCACUCCACAACUCACCGCGCACCGCUCCGUCCAUCCGCUUCGCACUGCUCGUCGACUCCGUACGGGGGAGCAAAAGGGGGUAAAGAGCACCCAAACUUCGCGGCCCCGAAAGCACCGAAGGGGAGGGGACGGUUUUGCGUGAAACGGGCCCAAAACGGCGCGGCGAGGGGAGAAAACGCACAAGGGGACCUAUUUUUGAUGUAUCGUAAAUGUAUUUUGAAAUGAAUAGAAAGAGAGAUAUAGGGGUUUAUUUUAUUAGCGAAAAAGCCGCCUUUUGAGAUGCGCGAGCUGCAGGACCCGACAUUUGCACUGUAAAAGCGCCCGUUUGGCGGCGGGCGAAUUUUGGGUGCUCUUUCCAGCCCCCCACGAUUUGCUCCGCGCCACACACCAACCAGACCCGCUUCACAUCAGUUUUACAGGAAACGAUAUGAAUGUCGCAGGAGGCGGAAACCCUUCUGUUUUCUUUGUUUCAAAGAACGUGAUGUGCCAUUUGUUAAUAUAAAAGAGAAAUAUUGAAAAUAUAUUGAAAAGAGCAAUUUUAAAUUAUUUUUGGCUUAUGUUGCAAUAUUUAUUUUCUUGUAUUAGAAAUUCCUUUGUAGAGAAAAAAAAUGUAUUUUUCAUUAAUGCAAAAACCUAUUUCUCCUUUUUGUACAUUUUCCAUGUUAGUUAAUCCUUAAAGCAAUAUAAUGUUACCAGACUCGUUCUGUGUGAGACUGUAUUAUGCAUGCUACUUGUGUUGCCUUGGACUAGCUCUGUCUGCCAUUAUUUUCAUCAUGUUUAGAUACAGUGUAUGCUUUAAUACACAUUGGGACCAUGGCCCAUUGCUUAUGGAAAACCCUUUGCAUUCCUCAAUGUGUUGGCAAAUGCAGUCAAUAAAGCAGUGUUUUAUGUGUG